AUGAAGAAAAAUGAUUUGGGAGCUCUGUCAAUCGAAUUGACGAUGGUGUCGACUAAUUUUGUGAAAUACGUGACAAAUACCUCACAAUCUUCGUCGUUGUACUCAUUUCGCUCGAUUUCAAAGCUGACAUCGUUCUCAAUUAUCUCAGUAAGAAAUGGCUUCAAUGUGGAUUCAAGGUAUUCAAAGCCAUUUUCCUUGGUGAAGUUCAAGAGGAACUUUGUCAAAGUGCUGUUUCUUCGAAAGAUAUCCGAUGAUCGCGAUACAUGUUUUAUCUCCUCGUCUAGUAGCACCUGGAAAAGUUUAUCCAAUUUUUUCGUGUAUCCAAAUACGCCAAAGAAAGACGACGCAAGCAUGUUGUGUUCAGUUGAGGAUGCCACUUGUGCAAUAGCGCCAGCCAAGGGAUAUAGUUCACCGAUCUGCUCAAUCACUUCUUCUGGGAACUCUUCUUUAGAGUUUUGUAUUUUGCGUGUGGUCAAAAUGUGA